CUCCUUCCUCAGCAGGUGGAGUCCCUGCACCUGCUCGACAGAUACCACCAUCUUGACUAUGCAUCGAUCAGGAAGCUUAACUUCCAGCCAUCAAACAGUAGCAACGAGUAAAACAGCAGGCUAAAAGCCACGCAUAUCGACGAAGUGCAACAAAUCCUCUGAUCUCCCCUUCAUCAAAGCCAUGACCAGGUGCUCCUCCAAGCCACAGCACCACGCUCACAAGCUAGACCACGCACCAUGAAGCUUAAACAUCAAUAUAAGAACAAGCCAGUCCGCAGGCUAAAACCCUUGCAUAUCGUAGACACGCAACAAAGAUGCUUCUUGCCUUCUCAUCAUCGUCAGGGCUGGGAACGAACCUUGACCGCUGUCAGCCACAACUACGCCUCUCUCUCGUAGUCGUAACCUCCCACAAACCAUGGGACUAUUAAACAGUGUUUAAGAACAAGCUAUACACGCAGGCUAAAAGACCUGCAUAUCAUCGAAGUGCAACAAAUGUCUCUUCGAG